AUGGAUGCAAAGAUGAGUCUAGAAAAUCAUGGAGCCAGCGGAAGCAGUGGUGAUGGGAAUGUGACUCGUAAUUCAGUGGAUAUGGAGUUGGAGGGGCUUAUAGAGGUUCCAAUCGUAGAAAAAAUGGUCGUUAAGAAAGAGUCUCUUGAAGAUGUUGUCAUUGGUGGUACCAACGAAGGCAAUAGCGGCGAAGGCAGUGGUGAAAGGGCAGCCAACGAUUUGAGCUUAGCGGAAAAUAACUUCGUUGACGUUCCUUUAAGGAGUGAAGGAGACAAAGGGAAAGCAAUAUGCAUCCUUGACGAAAAAGCUAUUUGGGCAAAAGAGAAAAUGAAAAGUGAAGAACAUGAACAUUCAUGGAUAUGGAAGCAGGGUGUCGGACAUAGUUGUUGGAUCUGUGACAUUGUUGACGAGAAAUGGUCGAUGCCACCUGGAUUCGGAUCAGAUAUUCCCAAAGACAUAAUGUUGAGAGUUCCUCACAAUGGAUUUUUGGGAACUGGCAUUUGUCCUCAUCCUCUCCAUAAAGGCAAAAUGAAGUCUCACCAUGUUCAAAGUCUUAACUUUAUAUGUAGAAACUUGGCAGUAGAGAAUCCGAAUGGAUGCAUUCUAGCUCAAGUUCCUACAUAUGAAAAGUCGUUCUUGAUGAUCAGUUUCAUAUUUGGUUAUCUUGCCAAGAACCCUAAUAGCAAACCUCUAUUUCUGCUUCCCAAAGGGAUGAUUGAAUUUUGGAAACAAGAGUUUGUUAAUUUGGAGGUCAACGACGUCAUGCUGUUUGACUUCCCCUCGGCCAAAGCGACCACUCGAUCUCAGCAACUGGAGGUUUUGAAGCAGUGGAUCUCAAGUCGAAGUAUCCUUUUCUUGAGCCCCAAGAUAUUCGCUAACAUGGUAUCGGAUGGAAACGAUACGGAAGCUUCGAACACUUGCAGAGCUAUUCUCUUAAACACUCCUUCAGCUGUCAUAUUCGACGUGGGAACAGAUCCAAGGAACGAGAUGAUGAGGUUUCUCAAGGUUGUUGCUCGUAUCAAAACUCCACAGAAAGUUUUACUCACUGGGUCACUGUCUCAAACCCAUAUCAGGGAGGUUUUCAAUAUAAUUGAGGUUGUCUUUCCUGAGUUUCUGAAGCAUCACCAAUUCGGAAACAAGAUCGGAAAGUUCUUGACUGUUGAUGCCGCCGAAGUCGGUGGUUCUUCAACGGAUGUGAAGACGUUCUUGCUUGAUAAGCUGGAGGAGGCUAUUCUUAGCUCGUUUACCGAUCAUGGUGACAGAGUUGUGUAUUUAUAUGAGUUAAGAAUGUUGACUCACAACAUUAUCUAUAAUCAUAAAGGAGUGUUUCUACCUGAAGUCCCAAGCUUGAUGGACUUCACAGUUGUUCUCAAACCAACUACAAGCCAGAGAUCUGCAUGGGAGUUUGAGAAAAACGCCAAAGGGAAGGGUUUCAAAACAUUUUCUACACUGAGCGGAAUCACCCUCCACCCGGUGCUACGUGUUUUCUCAGACCGGACAAAAGAUGUUCCACCUCCAAAUGAGCAUGAGAUCGAUGAGAUUCUCCAAGACAUUGACGUAACAGAUGGCGUGAAGACAAAGUUCUUUCUUGGUCUGGUGAAGUUAUGCGGUCAUACUCAAGAGAAGAUUCUUGUGGUGAGCCAACAUGUCAUCCCACUGAUGUUCCUCCAAAGACUCAUGGCUAAGAUCAAAGGGUGGGAAUAUGGUAAGGAGACAUUCAUGAUCAAAGGCAGCACAAGUCUCGAUGCUAGAAAAGUCUCAAUUGAUCAGUUCAACAGCUCGCCAGAUGCAAGAGUCUUCUUUGUAUCCAUCAAAGCGUGUAGUGAGCGUAUCACUCUCCCGGGUGCAACAAGGGUUGUAAUGAUGGAUCUUAUUGCCAACCCUUGUCUGGUUCGACAAAGCAUAGAGUUGGCGUAUCAUCCAGGACAAGAAAAAAAAGUUUAUUCCUAUAGGUUGGUUGCUGCGGAUACAUCUGAAGAAGAAGAAGAAAUGGUUGCAACUGGGAAAGAGGUCAUAGCUGGAAUUUGGCUUGAUGGGAAGACAUAUCCCGACGAUGGAAAGUUUCAUAUUCCAUCCAUUGAUGGAAAGUAUUGCAGCGAUUACUUCCUUGGAGCUUCUUUUAUGAAGGAAGACAUCAAAGCCAUUUACAAAAGGUUGGUUUUAGGGUUUACUGUUUUAGUCUAUUAUUAA